GGCGAUGGUUUCACAGAGGAAGAACUGCAACAAGCACUGCAGCCAAAGCCUGCGGAGGCAUGGCAUCCGGAGUUCGAAUAUGCCGACUACGAGAUCAGCGAUUUGACGCCAGGUCCCAACGCUGUCACGUUCAUGGGUAGAGUUGCCAAUAUCUUUGACGUGGCAAAUGCACCCAAGAGCCCACGCUCUGCUAAAGGUUGUCUCAAACUUGUAGUCAAAGAUGGUGCAGGUGCUAUUACAGUCAGGCUGUGGUACGCUUCUCGCAUACCGUGUGUCCGCCUGGGCUCAUUGGUGUCCAUCUGGACGAACCAUGUCAGCAAUGGCGAGAAUGGAUCUUUGUCAAGUGCAAGUGCACCACUCUUCGCAUCCCUCUUCCCUGAGCGGGAUCGCAACUGUCACAUCUUCGUACAUCAGAAUAGUGAUGAUGGAAGAUACCGAAAUCCUUUGGGCUAUACCGAAGGAAUGCCACUCAACAAUCUCAUGACGCUCCAGAGCUUCAUUGAUGGAGGCUACGAUGUGAUUGACGCCAGAAUCCUCGUUGUGGUCAAGAGUGUCGGUGCGAAGAGGAAAGUGACUCGCCGCGAUGAGAGCGUCACCGAGAAUGUAACGCUCCAGGUUCAUGACGAUACUGCCGAAGCUACGCUUGGUCUCUGGGGCACAGUCGCAUCAUCGCCAGCAUCUAAUCACAACGAAGAGUUCGGCAACCACGACACAAGACAACAAUUGGCGACAGACGGAUGGAAAGCUGGCCACACAGUACUACUACUUCAGUCACCAGGCUGGAAAAUUGGACGCUCAACUUACUUCAACCUUACGUCUGCCACCAUCGUGGACGUUGACCCAGUAAUCCCUGAUGCAGAUUGGUUGCGUCGCUGGUCAGCGCGACAGCGAAGCAGAGAAGCCAUCAAUCCAGCAUUUCCAGAGGGCGUGUUCGACAUUGAGACUAUCGAGAGUGGCCCCAUCCGCUGCUUAUUCACCACUGCCAGUCUUGAUGAAUUCGCACGGUGUGCUCCCGGAGAGACAUUUCAAGGCUACAUGAGUCUGCUCAUCAUGGAAGUGAAGCUCCUACAGUACUGGAAGCGACAGAUGCUACUCAGUGGCGAGUGCUGUACCAUACCAAUCCACGCGAAUGCUCUUUCCGCAGCUUGCAAAGGAUGCGAGAAACAAGUCUCGCUUCGGCUCAACCCACGUAUACUUGGGCAGGUGAUCGACGAGACUGCUGUCAUUGACGGUGGCAAGCUGCUCUUCUCCGAUCAAGCCUGGCGUGAGCUUCUUGGCCGAGGCCCAGAAGACCUACUGGCGAUGCAACACGACGAGCUGAAAUAUCUCGCGGACCGAAUGUUGUUCUGUCGCAUCACGAUUCUGUUU